AUGGGUCGUCCUGGGAUUGUGGUGUGGGCAUGGGCACUGGGUGCCUUCCUCAGCUGGAUACAUGUGGGUCAAGCAGAACAGGGACUGCAGUACUUUGUGGCUGUUCCUGCCGUUCUUGAAGCUGGAGCUGAGACCAAAUUCUGUGUGAACGUUCUGAAGCUCACGUCGCCUGUGGUCGUGAAUGUUACUUUGAUAGCAGCAAAGAGCCAAAGCCUACUGACCCUGCAGACAUGCAUGCUAGAUGUUCAUACCUGCAUUGAUUUUAAGGUUCCUAUUGUGGCAAAUGAAGAGGUGAUGGAUUUUGUGGUUGAGGUUAAAGGAAGUAUAUUUCACUCCAAAGAAGUCAGAAAAGUCCUGGUCAAAGCCUAUAACCCCAUGACAUUUGUCCAAACAGAUAAACCCAUCUACCUCCCUGGACAAAAAGUGCACUUCAGAGUCGUCACAUUGGACACCAAGUUGAGACCUUCAAGUGAGCUUUAUGAUCUCAUUGAACUUGAGGAUCCAAACAAUAACAGGAUCGGACAGUGGCUUAACACAAAUUCGAACAGUAAAAUAUUGCAGCUUUCAUACUCCUUGAGCCCUGAAGCUCGUGAGGGAACAUAUAAAAUCACUGUGACCAUUGGUGAAAACAAAAUACAUCACACAUUCAACGUGGAGAAGUAUGUUUUGCCAAGAUUUGAUAUAACUGUAAAAGUCCCAGAAGAAGUGAGCAUUGGGCAGGAUAGCUUUGAGGUUAAAGCAUGUUCAAAGUACACAUUUGGACAGCCGGUGCCAGGAAAGGUUAAAGUACAUAUGUGCCGACCUCUUCAGAGAUAUUUUCCCAUUUCACCUCUAAUCAGAGUUGCACACCCCAACGAUCAGCCUAAUCCAAAAGAUGAGACAACUCCUGUUUGUCAGUCAGAGACAAAGCAGGCUGACAAGACGGGCUGCGCAAUAUUUAAGUUCAAUAUUUCAGCUUUCACUGAAAUGGAGAAAGCGGUGCAAGACAUACUGGAAAUCAAAACUGAAAAGGAAGAGGAGGGAACAGGAGUUUUGAUAUCAGAAGAGAAGAGAAUUACGAUUACAUACCUCAUUGGAAAGGUGGUUUUUAUUGAUACUCCCAACAUUUAUGAACGUGGAGCAAUUGUAGAAGGAAAAGUCAAAGCCGUUUAUCACAAUGGUGCACCCAUUUCUGGCAAUAAGGUGUACGUGUUUGAGGGAGACAGGUGGUCUCCACGCUCAGUCCAAAAUGUAACAACUGACAGGAAUGGUGUUGCCUUGUUCACACUUCACACAGAUGACCUAAAAGGGAAUGUCCAACUCUAUGCAAGCCUGACAUCGACUCUGGACUACCCUGGAUACAGAACUGCUUACUAUGAGAUUGGAUUUCACACACUGUCCGUGUCCAAACCUGCUUCUCCUGAUGAAAACACUGUUAGCUUCCUUGUGGUAAAGACAAAGGAUAAACCUCUUCCCUGCAAGACAGUACAGAAAAUUACUAUUCAGUACACAAUCGUGGGAGAAACCCCAGGUCCUGUGGAUCUGAUAUAUCUGGUCUUGUCCAGAGGAGCCAUUUUCAUACAAGGUCACAAAAAGAUUGAUGUAAAAUCUGAAACAGUGAAUGAGGGUGAAGUGUUCUUUAACUUGAAUGUGUCGCCUGAGAUGGCACCAGACAUCCAGAUUGUGGCUUAUGCUGUCCUCCCCAGUGAGAACGUGAUCGCCCAGACUGCCGAUUUCUCCACCGAGAAAUGCUUCGCUAAUAAGGUGUCAGUAGAUUUUGUACCACCUUCAGCUGUCCCAGGAGAAGAGACCGACUUCCAGGUGAAAGCCUUGCCAAACUCUCUGUGUGGUGUAAGUGCCAUUGACCAGAGUGUCCUCAUCAAGGAGCCAGGGAAGACUCUGGAUGCAGAAAAGAUUUUUGACUUGCUUCCUGUCAGAAAAUUAACUUAUAUCCCAUAUGAGGUUCAAGAUCCUGUAGAAUGCAUGGAAGUGAGACCAAAAAGAUCAAUUUUGCCAUUUCCUGAGUUUGACAAAAAUGAUGCCUACACUGUUUUUCAGAGUGUGGGAUUGAAGAUGGCAACAAACAUGUUUAUUCAAAUGCCUUCAUGCCUCCGGUACAGAGGAAAAGAAUACUAUCAAGGUUAUGGCUUUAAGGGUGGUCAAGUAUACAAAAUAGACUUAGUACAUAGACUGCCAGCUGCAGCUGCUGUUGCUCCAGGAAUUGCUCCUGAAACUUCACCCAUAAAAACAGUCCGUACUUUCUUCCCAGAGACUUGGAUAUGGGAACUGGUGGAAAUUAGAGAGUCUGGAACAAAGAAUAUGACCCUCACUGUCCCAGACACCAUCACCACCUGGGAGACGGAGGCUUUCUGCUUGUCUUCUGAGGGAUUUGGUUUGGCUCCUCCUGAGAAAAUGAAGGUCUUUCAGCCCUUCUUCCUCGAGCUCACCAUGCCCUAUUCCAUCAUCCGGGGGGAGUUCUUUGAACUGAAGGCGACUAUAUUCAGCUUCCUUACCACCUGCAUGAUGGUCACUGUAACUCCAACACCUUCCUCAGAAUACAUCCUCACCUCCCUUUCUGGUGAUGAAUAUACAUCCUGUUUGUGUGCCAGUGAGCGCAGGACUGUCAGCUGGAGCAUGGUUCCAAAAGCCUUAGGGGUCCUGAAUGUGACUAUAUCUGCUGAGGCAGUGGCUUCUGGGGUUUCAUGUGGUAAGGAAUUAGUAACUGUGCCAGAGAGAGGUCGCAUCGAUGUGAUUACAAAAUCCCUCAUCGUAAAGCCAGAGGGAGUUAUGGUGACAAAGAUCUACAACUUGCUGCUAAUUCCAACAGGAAAAACUGUGAGGGAAGAAGUAGUGAUAAAACUUCCCUACAAUGUGAUUGAAGAUUCUGCCCGUGCUUUCAUAUCAGUCCUGGGUGACAUCCUCGGUCGGGCACUGAAGAACCUGGAAGGAUUGCUGCAGCUGCCGAGUGGAUGUGGGGAACAGAACAUGAUUCUCCUAGCACCCAACAUCUUCAUCCUCCAAUACCUAAAAAGCACACAGCAGCUCACCCCAGCCGUUGAAGAAAAGGCUACCUCAUAUAUGAUUGUUGGUUACCAAAAUCAGCUGCAUUACAAGCAUGCUGAUGGUGCUUACAGUGCAUUUGGAACAGGAGAAGGAAACACUUGGCUGACUGCUUUGGUGGUGAAAUGUUUUGCACAAGCUGAGGAAUUCAUUUACAUUGAUCCAAAAAACAUUGAACUGUCUAAAACAUGGCUGGAAAAUCAGCAACGAGAAAAUGGCUGCUUUAAACAGUCAGGGAAACUCUUUCACAAUGGAAUGAAGGGUGGUGUGUCUGAUGAAGUGACUCUCAGUGCAUAUAUCACUGCUGUGUUUUUGGAGAAUAAGAAAUUUGCAAAUAGUUCUGUAGUGAACAGGAGCCUGGCUUGCCUCAAGGAAUUCACCAACGACCUCAGCAACACCUACACUACAGCUCUGCUGGCAUAUGUCUUCACGCUGGCAAGAGACCAGGUCACCCGAGCUCACCUUCUGGAGCAUCUCGACAAGGUUGCAAUAAAGCAAGGGAGUUUCAUCUACUGGUCUCAGAAAUCAGUAGAAACAUCAACUUCUUUGUCUGUGGAGAUCAGUUCCUAUGUGUUGUUGGCCCAAAUCAGCAGCUCCCCAACUGCUGAAGAACUUGGUUAUGCCUCCGGCAUUGUGAGGUGGCUGACUGACCAGCAGAACUAUUACGGAGGCUUCUCCUCAACACAGGACACAGUGGUGGCUCUUCAGGCUCUGGCGCUCUACUCCACUACUCUAUUCUCUAUUCCGGUAUUCAGUUCUAAGGGCUCAAGCAAAACAACAGGUCAAUCAAGCCAGUGGGGUUCAAGCAAAGUGGCAGUUAACUGUCCCAACAGUCAGCUUACUUUUCAUGUGAAUCGGAACAACAGACUGCUCUACCAGGAGGAGACAAUACUGAAGGAUGUGGCAGGGAAGUACAUCGUGGAGAUGAAAGGCACUGCAACUGUUUCAGUGCAGAUUACUGUUCAGUACAACAUCCCAAAUUCUUAUGGUUCCUCAACUCUGAGAGUGGAGGUCCGUGUGGAGUACCACAGCAGUCGAUCUCCCAGACCCAAACUCACUCUGAUAAUUAAGUCCCUAUACUCUGGCAAGGAGAGCUCGACAAACAUGGUGAUCCUGGAUAUCAAAUUGCUCUCUGGACAUGUUCCAGACCCAGAGUCUUUGAGGAAGCUCAAAGAUGCCCCACUUGUGGAUCGUAUUGAACAAAAGGAAGAUCAUGUUCUGGUGUACUUACGUGAGUUGGUGAAGGACACACCUGUAGAACACAGCUUGGACCUCAUAGAGGAGUACCCUGUGGACAACCUGAAGCCCGCCAUGGUCGUGCUCUACGACUUCUAUGAGCCAACUGACCGGGCUGAAGAUGAAUACCUCUACCCAUAUUGUGGAGGUCAACAGUCUGAGAUGGAAUACCUUUACGUAUGAUCUGCAGCUUGAAGAGAACUGUGGUCAGCCCUGAGGUCGUCAUUGAUGAUUGUUUUCAAACCUCCUCUUAUUAGAGAUAACUUCAUG